AUGAACUCUCCUGCUGGCUCUACAUAUGAAAACUUCAACCUCAGCCUGCCUCAGAAUGUUACUCCAAGGGACAACUUUAGCAGUGCACUUACCAAAAACAUAAUGGCCAUGCUAGUGUGGCUGGCCCUCAGCAUCCUCAAUGGUUCUUCAUUUUCAAAACAUCCAUCCUUUCCUCAGGUGAGUUAUGCUUUCUCCAAGAUCCUGGUUUCUGCCUGUUGCCCAUUUAUCAUGACCGCUGUUCUGACGACACGCUCUACACCCCUCAUCCUUGCCGGGAUGGCCAUCGAGCGCUACAUCUCCAUUUGCUUUCCCCUCCAUUAUGGGUACAUGUGCACAGUGCAGCGCACCAUCUGGAUUAUUGGGGUUAUCCUUGUUUUAAGUAUUGCACCCCCCCUCACAGACCUCUUUAUAACACUUGCCAAGGAGCCUGCAUCCUUUUUUGAAAGCUUUAUCUUCUGUGACCAUUCACUGCUUUUUCGUGAUCGCUCGAUCUACUACAAAAACUGUGCUUUUGACAGUGUCUAUUUUUCCUUUGUCUUUUUGAGCUUGCUUUACACAUACUUCAAGAUCAUGUUGACAGCACGAGCAGCCUCCACUGACCUGGUGUCUGUGAAAAAGGCACGGAACACGGUGCUGCUUCAUGGUGUGCAGCUGCUACUCUGCAUGCUGGCUUUUGUGGUGCCAUCCAUGCAGACUCCUCUAAUCCACUUGUUUCCACAGUAUGGUCUGGAGAUACGCUACAUCAACUUUCUGCUGGUCUACAUUAUCCCACGCUUCAUGAGCCCUAUGAUCUAUGGGGUCAGAGAUGAGAAAUUCAGAAUAUAUUGGAUUAGGUACCUACUCCAUAUGGUCAACAGGGUGAAAACUACUGAACACUUACCUCAACAACCAAAGUGAAUUUCAAGGUGUAUAGGACAUUGA